GCUGAAUCAAAACAGGUACAGAGUUGAUGCUUGGCCUAAACCCUUGGAGAACUCAAAAUGUUUCCGCCAGGCACGUCCGAGCGAUCUCCGAGAUCUUAGGACGCCUCCAGAGACGACUAGACAACUCCUUCGGUCUAAACCGCUUCGAGUAUAUCAAAAACAUCCAAUGUGCGGUUGCAGUUGCAUGAAUCGAUGAUAGAACACCCGACAAGGAGUUAUCUCGCAAACAUGCUGUUUCUCAUAAAUGGAGGGCUCGGGUAUAUAAAUGCCUAUUCAUCCCAUCCAGUAAAUGCUGCGAUAUCAAAGACACUCAGUCAUUGAAGACCAUCUCUGUUCUGGUCAAUUUACUUGUAUUGAACGGCUCAGAUCCACGCUGCAAACAUGUCGACAUAUACAUCAAGGACUCCAAGUAGUACCUCGACACUCCAUCACCUCGAUGCAAGUCACGAACCUAAGCCGGAACUGGAAGAGACAUCAGGGAUCAACAGCAGAGGACAUGCCGCAAGUUCCAUCGAUGCAGAUCCAUUGGAACUACCCUAUCGUACACUUACCGAAAAUGCCGACAUGGCAGAAUAUACAACCGAGACUGCCACAGGAACGAUAACCCGAAAGGUCACCUCCAACAAGACCGGAAAGACCGAGGACUAUGAGCUUGUCACCUUUACACCAGGCGAUAAGGAGAACCCGAAGAACUGGAGCAAGGCAUACAAAUGGUGGUGUACCAUGGUCGUAGCAAUCACCUGCUUUGCUGUCGCGUUCAAUAGUGCUGUCAUCACUGCGGAUAUGAUCGGCCCUCAGGAGACGUUCGGAAUCAGCGAAGAGGUGGCUCUCCUGACAAUCACUGUCUUCGUCGUAGGGUUUGGUGUAGGCCCCAUGGCAUUUGCUCCUUUCAGCGAGACUUGGGGUCGUCGUCCAGUAUAUGCUAGCACUCUUCUGGUUGCUCUCAUCUUCAUCAUCCCUUGCGCUGUGGCAAAGAAUAUCGGAACAUUGAUCGCCUGUCGAUUGAUCGAUGGCAUAGCAUUUUCAGCACCUAUGGUCCUCGUUGGCGGAACACUUGCUGAUCUCUGGAAAGCCGAAGAAAGAGGUAUUCCAAUGGCUGCCUUUUCUUGUGCACCCUUCAUUGGGCCAGCUAUCGGACCACUGGUAGGAGGUUUUACCUCUGAUCAUCUCGGCUGGCGCUGGUUGUACUGGCUGCAGCUCAUCUUGUCAGGCUUCGUCUACAUCCUCAUUGUUUUUACCGUUCCAGAGACUUAUGCACCCAUCAUUCUUGCAAAGCGAGCCAGGAAGAUGAGGAAGGAUACUGGUGACAGAAAGUAUGUCAGCGAGUCCGAUCUGGACACCCGACCUAUCAGGGAGCGUCUAAGGGUGUUUAUCCUUCGUCCGUUCCAAUUGCUCUUCUGCGAACUCAUCGUCUUCCUCAUCUCACUAUUCAUGAGUGUUCUCUACGGCCUUCUAUACAUGGUGUUUGUUGCGUACCCCGUGGUAUUCCAGGCAAGUACUCCGUUUGUACAUAUAGCGAAGACCAGAGAUCACCAGGUGUCGUUUCGAGACUUUUCGAAGUCUUCGAAUUUCCCCCCAUCACUUUGCGGUAUACGAUGGAAAUAGACCAGAGAUCUUACCAAGAGCGUAUCGAAGUCUCCUGUGAGGCUGAUCUGGUCUAGAACCGUACCGUGUAUCGUGAUAGAUAGGCCUUGGUGGCUGCUGUUGAGGCGAAGGCAAAGGAUACUCAGCCAGCAAAACCGGUCUCAUGUUUAUCCCUCUCGCUAUUGGCGUACUUGGAAGCGCAUUCCUUGCACCCUUGAU